AUUGAUAAAAGUUGCAUGUAUGAUUACUUCUACACAAUCGUAUAGAUGGGAGAUUCACAAGGGAAUGGUAAAAGAAAGGAUUACAAAACUUGGAACACUGAAGAAAGCAACGUUUUGCUUCAACUUAUGGUUGAAGGCGCCAAACUUGGAUUUCGUGAUAUUAAUGGUGUGAUAAGCAAACAAACAGUAGAGGCGAAGCUACUUCCUAAACUUAAGGAAAAACUUGGUUAUGAAAUAACUUUUAGUCAUUACCAAAGCAGAGUGAAAUGGUUUAAGAAACAGUACACCAAUUACUCUCAACUUAUGCGCCAUAGUUCUGGAUUUGGGUGGGAUCCGAUCACAAAAAGAUUCACUGCUGAUGAUGAAGUAUGGGCAGAUUAUUUGAAGUCACAUCCAACGCAUGUGCACUUUCGGUCAGAAACUUUUCCAGACUAUGAGGACUUGAAAAUUGCAGUUGGAAAUGGAACUGCAACUGGAAUGGGCUCAAUUAGUCUAGGUGAUGAUACAGAUGCAACAACAUUUGGAGCGGAGGAAAAUGGAUCUUGGGGAAUUGGUGGCAUAGAUGGAUUAGUUUUUUAUCGAAAUACUAACAUGUUCAUGCAAAGUGAAAAUGAGUCAUCACACCAAGAAAACUCACCAUCUCUUUCACAACAACCCUCCCAAGGUACCAGUAUAGAUGCUCCAGCUCCACCACAUAGCAGGACUCAAGGAAAACGGAGUAGAACUGACUAUGAAAAUAAUAGUGGCUCAAAAGGGGCUACUGGCCAAGCUGAGGUUCUAUAAAACUUAUCAAGUGGCAUUGGUAAAAUUGUCACAAGUUUUGAUAAAAUUUGUGGCUUAAUGGAGAAGAGAGAAUCAAGAGAGAGUGAUCUUUUGGAUGCUAUGAAGGAGACUCCAGGAUUAACUAAUGAAGCUUGCUUUAUGGCUCUUGAUUUGCUUAAUACUAAAGCAAAGCAAGAUUUCUUCUUGAAGAUGACUCCUGAAC